CGUUUGAGUACGACACGUUGUGGUCGCGGAGGAAUGCCGAGGCGAAGCCAAUGGUGACGAAUAAGCUUUCGGACAUAUACAACAGGAUGGCAGAAAGGGAGGCAAAGAAGACGGAUGAAGAGAAGGUAGAGGAGAAGGAGAAGUUGCACAGCAAAUAUGACGCUUGGGUAAAGCAAUACCGACCGGCGGAGGAGAAAGAGAAGUUAGAGAGACUCAGGAUAAAGUUUAAAGCUAGGGCUGACUUUAACGUAAGAGGAGGUACCGAUGCUGUGUACGGAAGCACCGAUACGGAAAAGGCUAUGACGAGAGAGGAGUUGGAGAGAAUCAAGAUGAAGUUCAAGGCUAUGGCACAGCACAAUAGCGGAAGGGCAGAUGAUGGUGUCGUGUCCGAAAGCCAGAGCAGACAGUCAACGAACAGUGAUCCAUUCGAGUUUGAUACGUCGCAUCCAACUCCGAGAGCAGAUGAGAACCGGUACAUGAACAUGUACAACCAGAUGGCUGAAAAGGAGAGGAAGAAGUCGCAUGAAAAGGGGGCGGAGGAGCGGGAGAAGUUGAAGAAAAGCAUGUAUGAGUUUAGGGCUACGGUGCAGAACCGGAGUGCAGAAGGAGGUGAUGAUCUGGUGGCCGAGAGCACCGAUACGGUACCCGUUGACAGGGAAAAGUGCGACGAGAAGGGCAACACAAACCCUGUCCCCAGUAUAGUGUACAGCGACACCGACGAAUCCAUGUCACCCUUCGAAUUGGAUGACCCCCACUACAACGAGCCCGGCGCUCCUGGUUCAAGUUACCCCAGUCCUCCCCCCAUCACUCACCUCGAUGGUCCGAAGUUCGAUACAGUCCGAAUCAAAAAGCCCUACAAGAAAGCCCGUACCCUGCUGUGGUUUGAGACAAAACCCGAAGAUAUCAUGGAGGUGAUCGAGGGGGUAGAGGGACUUGAUAUUUCGACGAGAAGUACUCCGAGUGAGAGGGUUGGUGUUGAUGAGUAUUUCGGGAUGGGAAGUGAUGGGAUCGCGGCUCUGGCCGAGGUUCGUCUCGCUCGAGGUGUGAAAGAACUGUGAAGAGGUAUGUUUAUAGGGAAGGUAUCCGACGGCAUGGACGAGGAGGCUUGUGUGUAACGAACGAUCGUAUGAUAGCGUACUCUAGAACAACCAAUAUACCUAGAAAAACAUGAAC